UACUCCAGCAUUCAAGACUCACCCAGGAACCCUUGUGCUGAGAGAAAGAUGAUUUAUCGAGAGCACUGGCAACGGGAGCUGCUGGAGUUCCAUGAAGACCCGACUGCAUUUGCUUCUUGGGCGCCCCCUCCAGACAUAAACUCUCUAGGCUUGGGUGGAUUCCUGCCCCACCCACUCCAUUCCCAGAGGCCAGAAGAAAGGACUGUCAGCCAAUUACUGCACCUCCGAUCCAGCCACCUUCAGAGCAUCAUUGAAAGGACUGUCUUCUGCCCGCGUUGAACCUGAUACAGACAGAGAGUGCCAUGAGGUCCUGGGUUCUCCUCUUCCUGCUCCUUCAUGUGGUUAUGAUGCUUCUGCCUGUCCUGGGAGGCCUCUGGAACAAAUAUUCUCAUGAAGCAAAAGCCAUUGAACAAUGCUGGGUACAGCCUCCACCAAUGUUCUGUGAAAAAAGGUGCACUAAAUUCCACAUCUGUUUACUUCCAAAUUCUACAUGCUGCUGGACCUAUUGUGGAAACAUCUGCUUGGACAGAGAAGAGCCGUUUAAAUCAAUGCUAAAACCCAGGGUCUAG